UGAGCAGUGUGAACCAAUAGCAUCAAAACGCAAAUUUUGUCUAAGUUGUGUGUGUACAACUGAUGUAGAGUAAUGUAAAUAUAUGGAUGUCGUUUUUCUGUGUAUAAGUAAUAAAUACAGUGUUUUCGUGAUCAUUCAAAGUUACAUCACAAUACUAAAUAAGUGAAAAUAAUUAAGACAACAUAAUAGUAAUAAUAAUAUAGUUUUGUUUAGUUACCUACCACGUGGUACAGUAUAUAAACAACACAAACGAAGAUGCCGUUAAGCACAAUAUUAUGCAAAAAACACGUGAAACGUACUGUUAUAAUUUGUUUGCUGUUCAUGAAGUUGAUGGACUAUCGAGUGUCUGCAUCGGAUGAACUAGGUGAUGCCAGUGAAAGAACUAUAGCCAAAAAAACAUAUGAUUGUUUUCUUGAACAGUCUCCAGUGGAAUCAUCGCAUGAUAACAAAAUACACAACUAUCUGACGGUGUUGUUGGAUUUGUGGGAAAUCAUUUUUAGCGGAAAAUCAGACUAUACAAGUAAAAUGCGAAUGUUGCUCAAGUUAAAAGAUGAAAUACCAGACGUCUGUAUGGUGGCUCCAGGUCGGUAUCAAGAUAUUUUGGUAUUCGCAUCGAUCAAUUUAACAUUCAUGAUAUAUUCGUUUAAAAUUAUUUCCGGUAAUAAUAAAAGUGUCCAGGGAAAAAUUGAAAGGUGGCAAAAUGAUCAGUCGAACGUUUUCAAAGAACUCAAGACGAAAUUAAAAGAGUCGGCUCGAUAUUUCGAUCCGAAUUUGUGUUCGAGCGAGUUUAAAAAUGGUGAACUUUGCGUCAACAACAAUUCAUUAGACCAAUUGUACAAAAACAUUGUAGAAAGCUUUAAAAAACUAUCAGAAGGUUAUGAGAUAGAUGCCAAGAAAAUCCGCAAAGAAUUGCGACAAGUUAAGAAGCAGUCAUCACCUACCAAAAGUCUCACGCGGUCCAUAAGCAAAUCACUUUCCAUAGAAUUAGAUGAUAAAUUUUUCGUCAACACGGUAAAUCAGCUGUUGGAAAGAGGUAAAGUUCCAAAAACUAUCGACGAAGUGCAGAUAUUCUUGGACGGAAUUGAAAGUCCAUUUGUUGUUUCACACGACAGACCGAAGAGGUACAAUUUAUGGUGGUCGAUUUUCGACGAGACCAGCACAGACGUGGAACUUUUUACCUACGACAACACAAUAAACAAAUUACGCGUUGUAUUACCUUUGCUGUCGAUGGAAACGUUUCCCAACAUGAACUUUCGCAGUGAACAUAUGGAAAUUUACGAAAACGCUUGGAAAAAAACCAACGAGUUAUUCCGACAAAACAUGAGUUCAAAGUUACACGAUGGCCCAAAAGAAAACCUUUUGAAAUUUCUUAACAAGGAUGGCGGUAUUAGUCUCUACGCUACGCAGUGUUUAGUUAAAUAUGACCACUUGGGCGAAACGAACAUUAUAAAAGACGUUUUAUUCGAUGUCGUCUGCACCGUUGGCGAUUUGCAUUUGAAAAAUUUGAACACAAUUCUGGAAACAACUUUGGUGAUUUUGGCACGAAUUAAAAAUCAGGUAAAACCUACGGUCGCUGUGCUUUUGUUGAAAAGUCUCAAACGGUGCGUACACAACGUACAAUUUGUCAUGAACCAAUGUCAAAAUCCGCGUUUAAACGAAAUGAGAAAAACGUUCAUAGAUAAUAUCAUCAACAUUGUCGUUAACGUUGUGAAAUCAUACAAAUUGGAAUCGUGUUACUCAAAAACGAAAAUAGAUUUUGACAAAUACAUCAAGGACAUCCAAUCAGCAUUCUUGUCGUCAGCAGGAAAUUCCAAGAAAAAUACUAAAGAAUCAAACAACCAAUCGUUUUCAAUGAAAUUGCCUAAACCGUGGAGUUAUGUUGAUGGAUUUGACAUUGUCGAUAAUUAUAAAAAGAAAGAAAGCGACACGAUUGUAAACGUUAUAGUUUACAUUAGGAAUUACAUUCUUACUACGUACUUGUUUAGGACAACAGCCGGCCUAAUGACAAUUAACUGCAAUAUUUGUCCGACUAAAACCAACGCGGAGAACAGUAAGGCAUGUUUUCAUAACAACAAUAUGAACACUUUUCAAAACAGGAUUGCGCAAACGGCAUGAUAUAAAUGAAUAUUUUGUACAUUUAUUUUAUUGUUUCAAUUAAAUCAUCAAUCUUAUAUUAA